AUGGAUGACUCGGACCAGGAUUUUGUAGAUCUCUGCUCAAAGUUGCUGAAACGAGUUCGCAAGAAACCAGUUGAGCCCAGGCCGCCUCGGAAAGCGGAGCAUCAGCCCUCCAGUCAGGCAAGUGAAGGCGACAAGAGAAGGAGAAAUAACAAAAAGAAUGGCGACUCUGGGUCUAAGGUCGCUUGGACCCAGUCUGUCUGCACUGGAGCAGGCCAACAUGCGGUCAGUGGAGGGACUGGACGUAAUGCAGGUGAUGCUGGGACGUCGGCUGUGCUUGCAGCAGCAGCAGCAGCAGCGGGACCCAGAGCUGAUAGAGGUGUGACAGCAAAAGACAAAGUCCUCAACAGGAUGCAGCAGUUCAAGAGAACCAGUCCUCAGAGGAUGGUGCACAGGAACAACAGUCAACCAACCACGCAUGAGAACGACUGUGGACCUCUUUCACAGCCACAAAGACAAGAACCCUGCAGCUCUGUUCUCCAGCUGGACAGCGACGAGGCGCUGGCCCUGCGGCUGCAGCAGGAGCUGGACAGGGAGGCAGUGGAGGCAGAGACGGUGGACCUAGAGGACGAAGGCCUCUUCUUGUGUCAGAUCUGCCACAGAGACCUGUCACACAUGACCCCUGAGGGGCGAGCACAGCAUCUCAACAGGUGUUUAGAUGAGAGUGAAGAGAGCGGCCCACCUCCUCCUCCUCUUCCUCCUCCCCCCCCUGGUGUCUCUGACUGUCCCAUCUGUGGCAAGAAGUUCAAAUCCCAGAAGAGUCGCUCUGCCCACCUCAAGCGCUGCUCCUCAGACAUGGGCAUCUCUCCGGCUGUGUUGCUGCAGGCUCUGCAGAGACAGGCUGAGGAGACCCAGAAUGUCCCCACUGCUAACACACUUGCACAACCUGGAGGCACCAAAAGGAAAGGCCCCUCCAGGACGGGUCUCCCAGCGAGGAAGAAGCCCAGGAAGAAGACUGAUCCCCUGGAUGAAGACACCAUGGUGGCUCUGGCUAUGUCCUCCUCCCUGCUGGAACAAACCGAGGCUGCUGCCUCUCACACCUCCAUGACCGCAAUGCUGAAGUGGAGACCAGAUGCAGGUAAAGGGCGUGGAAAGAAGAAAAAGGGUGCCGUCCCUUCUCCUCCUCCACUCCUCCUCAUUCAGGAUGCUCAGGAGGCCCUGAUGAGGCUGCAGGAACGUGUUUCUGCUCUCCUCCUACGCAGCCGGGCUCCCUCUCCCCCCACCCCGACCCGCUGCCCCAGCAGUCUGUGUGGCCGGAGCGGUGCUGCCCCCCUCUGGCAGAAAAGCACACUGCUGAACGGCGGCUCCACCUGUCUGUCUGAUUUCUACACUCCAGAGCUCAGAGAGUUCAUCACGCCUUGGGAAUCGGCAACGGUGAGAGCGACCACAGAUAUGACUACAUACGGUUCUUCUCUCCAACCUGUGAGUGAAGGAACUCCUGUCACAGGGACCAGGACCUCCAUCCUGCCAUCUUCCUCUCAGACCGCAGCCUCCUCCCCUGCUCCCUCCACCCCGGGGACAGGGCAGACCCCAGUGGGUAGCCAGGCCCUGCGGGACCUGAUGGAGCUGGCUGAAGACGGCAUGACCCUCACACAGUGCGGAUACACUACCUCAGGCCCCGACAAAAACAAGCCGAGCAGUGCCAAUCUGUCCACAAACCUUCACCUCAGUGGCUUCGUCCUGGAGGAGGCAGAGGAGCAGGCUGACCUGUGUGUGAGCGGCUUCCUACCAGAAAGAGCACACACACUCUCAGGGGACACCCACAACCAAAAGAAGAGGAGAGCUGAUCAGCCAAGAGCAGAUGAAGAGCGAGGCAGCCACCGAUCGGUAGCACUAUCCAGACUGGCCUCAGACCUGAGCAGCAUGGUGAACAACCCUCAGCUCAGUGACUUGCAGCUCCAGGUGGACAGUGGAGAGGUUUACUUUGCCCAUUCCUUCAUGGUGUACGCUCGCUGCCCUCUGCUGGCAGAAAUGGUACAUGAAAGUGGUUUUGGGGUGCAGGAGGAAGGCAUUUCUGCAGCCCAGAGGGUGCUGAUGAGUGACGUCCCGGGACAGGCAGUGUUCACUCUGCUGCAGUACCUCUACACGGCCCACUGCUCCAUCCCAGCCUCACUGCGGCCUCAUGUACUGGAGCUAGCAUCCAGGUUUGACUUGCAGGAGCUGCAGGAGCUUUGUGAGCUCCAGCGAGAGGAGGCGGACUACACGAACCAGGACGAGAAUGUCAACAACCAAACAGACCAGGCCUUCAUGGAGCUCCUCCGCUCCAUGUGGAAUGAAGAGGAUGAGGAAGACGAGGGGACGGAUACUGAUGGGGGAAAGGAUGAAGAAAGAGGGUUGGAAGAAGAUCCUCAAAUCAGCGAUGUUACAUCUGGCGAGACAGAGAGUUGUGAGGAACAAGUGAAUGAGGAAGAGCUGGAGGAGAUCUACGAGUUUGCCGCCACACAGAGAAAGAGGGAGGAGGAGAAAGACAGUGUGGAGGAGGAAGAGGAGGAGGAAAAGGUAGAUGAUGGAGAAGUGUUCACAAAACUGACAGAACCGAAAACAGGCUUCAGUGAGAAAAACCUGAAGCUGAACUCUCAACCGGAGCCAGGACCCAGCCUGGAUCGCAGCUACAGCCGCCUCUUUUCAGACUCUUGGGGAGUCUACGAGGAAGAGGAUCCCUCCUCCUCCUCACGCUCAACUUCUGGUCCACCAAAGCCACACACCUCUCAAUCCCUGAAACACCAGUCCCCUCAUAAACCUUCAUGCGAACUGCCCGGCAGAACUUUGCUUCUGUCCUCACCAAGCGUAGUCGACGACCUUUCCCCCAGCCCCCCACCCAGUACAUCCAAUCUGCCCAUCGCAGGUCUGUCCCCUGGUCAAGUGGGUGACUGCGGUGGGGGUGGAGACAGGGGAACAGAUGCUGUUAAACUGGACAUGGCUAAAGAGUGUCUGUCUUUGAAGCAAGAAAGCCAUGGUCCUCAUAGUAUUUGUGUUCCUGUUUCUCCCGAUUCACCCCUGAAAAAGAAGGAACCUGAGCUCAUCGUUUUGUCUGACUCAAGCGAGGAGAUGGAGGUAGAUGUUGCUGUUCUUAGUUCCCGCAGUCCUUCACCACAUUCUUCUUGCGCCGUCCAGACCUUGCAGCGCUACACCCACAUCAAACCUCAGUCAAUCCCAAAACCUACUCAAUCCACCAUGGAAAAUAAAGUGUCCAGUAGUGUAGACUUUAGUCCAGUAGACUGUUCUCUAGAAGUUUCCUGGCUGAUCCCAUCCACACCAGUGCAGCCUGUAAGAUGCACCAGGACCAGCUCCACCCAGACCAAAAGCAGCAUCUGCAGGACGCAGCUGUUCCCUAAAGAGGAUAUUAUCUCCUCCUCUUCUCCCGCUUUACCGUUGCACAACAGACUUCAGACCUCGAUCAGUGCAACCAGAGUCUCUGCCCACAUUAGUCCAACAGAGGGCAGUGUUCCCAGGUUGAAACCGGACGAAGAAGUUCCCUGUAGCUCCAGUUUGGAUCUCAAUUUUUCCCCUGAAAGAACCAGUACUUAUGAUGCGAGUAAGAACAGAGAAGGGUUUGCAGUUCCCCCACACCAACCUAAGCUUUCGCACCUCUCAAGCUCAACUCACCAUCACCCCCUCCAAGCUUCCUUAAAGCAGGAUACACCCCUCCACGACCAGCCGCAGCCCUACAGCAGCACUCCCCUGCAUACAGAGCUCCACCAGCCCCUUGUCCAUCUUGCUGCUUCCCCACUUCUCCACAACCAUGACGAGCAGAGGUUGACCAGUCAAGGAAGGGACAAGGCUCCAUCGGAAAGCCCAGAGAUGACAGAGUUAGUGAGCUUUCAUCUCUCCCCUUCGUCCGACCCUUCGGAUCCGUCUUCAUCUUCGUCUCACAGAGGUCCUCAAAGCUCACGGAGACACAGCAAGUCGUCGAGUGAAAGUCAACGUUCUGAUGAGUGCAGCAGUCGUAAGAACACAGGGGCUGAGCUCAAGAGGAGGGGAAUAAGAAAUGAGGAAGGAGAAAGAGAGACAGAGUGUGAAAACAAAGACACACGUGACGAAGGAGAGCAGGAAGAAGCAAAAGAAGCAAGUGUAGAGGCAGAGCCCAGUUUCCAGCAGAGCUUCAUGGACGAGCCUCCCAUAGCUUUUAGCGACUCGUGGGACGCCUGCAUCGAGGCCAACCCAGGCUGCUUCAGUCUGAGGCUGGAGGAGAGCGGAGGAUCCAACCAGCACGAGCGCAGCCAAGAACGAAGUGAAACGUCCAGGUCAUCAUUCUCUGCUGAUCAUCAACCUCCACCGUCUAGUCACUGUCUCCAGACAUCGCACAGUCGUGGCAGUGCGAUGAACUCUUCUCCGACCAAAGCCCAACCAUCCACCAGCGUACAGGCUCAUACAAGGCCUUCCUUCACCCUGCCAGCACCAGGCCCCAACAGCAGCCUCCUGGACUCUAAAAUAUGGGACAGCUGGGAGGAGGAAGAGGAGGAUGCUCUUCCUCUCUCUCAGAGGGUGAACCCUUCAGCUCAGCUCAAAACACCAGCAUCUUCCCACAAUAAAAAACGCUGCACUCCGGUGCCGAUCACUCCCAUGCCCCACUACUCAGACAUGGACACACCGGAGCUCAAGAACAAACUCAACAGGUUUGGUGUUCGGCCUUUACCCAAGCGCCAGAUGAUCCUCAAACUGAAGGAGAUCCACCAGUUCACCCACCAGCUGGUCAGCAGCUCAGACUCUGAGGAAGAGGCACCCUCUGCAGGGCGCACUGCUCAGACAAAGCCCCCUACCACCAGUUCAGCAGCAGCUGGCAGUGGGCCAGUCUCCUGUGCCCAGACAGUGAAGUUUAAAGAGCCCAGAGCACCGGCUGCCAUCUCCCCUCUGAAACACAAGGGAGAGGAGGAGGAGGAGGAUGGAGAGCUGCUGUCUGCCUCACAGGGCUCCAACACCUCUUCAACUGCCGCCAGUGAAGAAUCUGAAAGGUCCAACCCAGAGCUGUGCCUCUCUUCCGAUGGCGAUUCAGACAGUGACGGCGGCAUCUCUGCCUCCCAAGCUGCGAAUCGCCUUCAGGAUCGGCUCCAGGCGGUGCGCUCCUUCAUCCUGUCGGACUCCGGGCUGUACAAUCAGAUCCUGCAGUACCAGCCUCUGGUCCUCUCCCAGCUCCAAGAGCGACUCAAGGCAGCCGGGAUCCGCCUAGGUGCCGCCAAGCUGGUGGACUACCUGGACUCUCAGUGCAUCACUUUCACCACAGCCAAGCCGGGCCACCCCGCACCCAGCCGCAGGCGGGGCAAGAGGACAGGCCGGGGGGCAAAGGCAGCUGGUGUAAGAGGAGCAUACAGGAGAAAAGCUGUUACAGCUAUGCUUUAAAACUUAACGAUUGCCAGAAGUUGAAGGAUUUACUUCAGUGUUCGGAACAUUUGUCUGAAAACUUCAGGGAAGGAAAAGGCCGUGAGAAAAUUAAAUUAUCAAGAGAAGAUAAAGAAGAUUGUGUGCUUGUUCCUGGAGAGUCGGCUUCAGCUUUUACCGCUUUAAACUAUGAAACAUUUUCUUCUUUCUAAAGUUUCUUCAGGACCUCAGUUUUUAAUUUAGGUAUUAAGUUUUAAAUGUUGAACUCCCACUGUGAAAAUAAAAAAAGGUUAAUGUUGUUGUGCCCCAUGAUGACAAGUUGUUUCUUUCAUUCAGAAAUCAUGACAGAGUAGCCACAAAAUAGAUUUUAUCUUCAUCUCCUGUAAUGGUACAGAGAUGAAUUCUUACCAUGUGGUGUCUUAC